AUGCCGAAGAAAAAGACGGGCCAGCGAAAGAAGGCGGAAAAGCAGAAGCUACGGCAGAAGGAAAUUCGCAACCGGGAAUCUCAGCUACCGGAGCAACCAUGCAACGUUGCAAUGGACUGUGAGAAGUGUGGCAAGAAACAGAAAUCAAGAGCGUUCUGCUAUUUCUGCCAAAGUUUGCAACGGUUGCCGAUCUGUGCCCAGUGUGGCAAGCAGAAAUGUAUGCUCAAAACCGGUGACUGUGUGGUGAAGCAUGCGGGUGUGUUUACUACCGGGCUGCAGAUGGUCGGUGCCAUCUGUGACCAUUGCGAGGCAUGGAUCUGCCAUGGCAGGAAAUGUUUGCAAUCGCAUGCCUGCACCUGUCCGCUGAUGGAUGCGGUGUGCAUCGAGUGUGAGCGCGGCGUGUGGGAUCAUGGUGGGCGGAUGUUUAAGUGUAGCUUCUGUGACAAUUUCCUGUGCGAGGAUGAUCAGUUUGAGCAUCAGGCUUCGUGUCAGGUGCUCGAGUCGGAAUCGUACAAGUGCCAGUCGUGCAACAAGUUGGGCCAGUACUCGUGCCUGCGCUGCAAAACGUGCUACUGCGAUGAUCAUAUCCGGCGGAAAGGGUUCAAGUACGAGAAGAAUAAACCGAUCCCUUGUCCGAAGUGUAACUACGAGACGAGUCAAACGAAGGAUCUUAGCAUGUCGGUCCGCAGUCACAAGUAUGGCCGCAAGCGGCUUGAUGAUGACGGUGAGGAUGAUGACUACGCGUACGAUGAUGAGUACAUGUCUUACCGCAGCAGUCACGAUCAUUACAACGAGGCUUCCGGAGGUUCCUCGGACGAUGACUACGAGGAUGACGAUGAUGAUGAUGACGAUGAGGACGAUGAUGACGACGAAGACGAUGAUGAUGAGAAUGAGGAUAAGGAAGCCAAAUCCGAAGGAACAUCCUCAAAGUCAGCUGCAAAGUAG